GCUCGACCGUGCACGGCGCGUCCGGGGCCGGGCGGAAGCGGCCUUCUGGCUUGAGCCUUAUAGAUCUCCCUGGUGCUUCCGGUUUCCUCUUCCACCAGGACCGCCAAGAUGGGCCGCGUUCGCACCAAGACCGUGAAAAAGGCGGCGCGGGUCAUCAUAGAGAAGUACUACACGCGGCUGGGCAACGACUUCCACACAAAUAAGCGCGUGUGCGAAGAGAUCGCCAUCAUCCCUAGCAAGAAGCUGCGCAACAAGAUCGCCGGGUAUGUCACCCACCUGAUGAAGCGGAUUCAGAGAGGCCCGGUGAGGGGCAUCUCCAUCAAGCUGCAAGAGGAGGAGAGAGAAAGGAGGGAUAACUACGUCCCGGAGGUCUCAGCCCUGGAUCAGGAGAUCAUUGAAGUUGAUCCUGACACUAAGGAAAUGCUGAAGCUUUUGGACUUCGGCAGCCUCUCCAACCUGCAGGUCACUCAGCCCACCGUGGGGAUGAAUUUCAAAACGCCGCGGGGAGCUGUUUAACCUACUGUGCUGUAAUAUUUUCAAUAAACUGGGGCACCAAC